CUCUGUUGGAUUGUAUAUAUAAGGUACAGAGGCGCUCACUCAUUCACACUCGACUUUCCUCUCUACUGGACCUCCAACUCUCGCUCCACUCCGUCUCUGUGUGAAAUCAGACGUUCUGCCAGAAUGAGGAACCUGACGACUCUGCUGUUUGUGCUCUCGCUCUGUUCUCUUCAUCUGGUGUCCAGUGCUCCUUAUGCCUUUGACCAAAAUACUCCCUGCUGUUCAACCACAACUAAUAUAAAGAUCCCAAUAAAACGCAUUGUGACCUGCUGGAGGACCAGCAGCAGCUGCCCCUUGAAGGCCAUUGUUUUUGAGACUGUAAAUGGAAAUCAACGCUGUGUGGAUCCUGCAGCUGAAUGGGUUAACGGUCACAUGAAAGCGUUGAAUUGUGGAGGCACCACUUCAACUCCUAAACCUGAAUCUCCACAGUAGACCAGAUUUCAACACAGAAGUCUAACCUUCACUAAAUGACUGUUUCUGUAAAACUUUAAAACUGACAUAUUCUCGCCUCCGAGCCUCAAUGUAACAGCGCCAUCUGGUGUUUUUAAGAGUUCAGUACCGCUGCCUGUUCUGUCUUUAUGUAUGAAUUAAUCAGUAAAACAAUAACAAGUGUUAUAUAUCACAUACAUGUAUCAUCUAACUGUCUCUAAUAAAUUUUUUCACUGUGCAGUA